AUGGCGACUCUCAGACAUGUGCGGCUACUGUCGCUCACGUCAAAACUGAUGUUGCGAAAUUCCCUUAACUUAAAUGCAACUUUUACUGAGAGUUUCUCGAGAAGAUGUCUCCAUGUUGCAUCCCGCAGGCAUCCACUAUCAUCAAGUGUUUCCAACACUACUCAAAAUUACAAGUUUGAUUUGUUCAAGAGAAGUCAAGCCCAACUAUGGAGUGUUUGUGGAGUGCAACGUUACAAUAGCACAGAAACAACUACAAGCAAACCUGAAUUUGAAUUAGAGCAAGUUAACUUCCUCCCUGAGCCACCCAAUCUGCCAUCAUAUAUUGAUGUUUCUGAAAUUCCACUCAAUGCGCUGGGAGAGCCAACCCUGCAGAGCUUGGGGAUUGGAAGUAACUGGCCUGCAGGUUUAUACCAACAAGCCCUGGAAUUAUUGCAUGUUGAAGGACUGACCUGGCUAGGAGCCAUAGCUGUGGUUACAGUAGCAAUAAGGUUUGCAAUGCUUCCACUGAAUGUCAUGGUGCAAAGAAAUGCUGCCAAGACCCAAAAUGCAGCUCCAAAGCUAUCAGCAAUCAACGACAGAGUUUUUAGAGCACAAAAAACUGGAAACAGGCUAGAAUUAAUGAAAUGUAAUCAAGAACUGAGAGACACCAUGAAAGCAGAGGAUGUACAUCCUUUGAAAAACUUUGCUGUCCUGUUUGCUCAGGCACCUAUAUUUAUGACAGUGUUCACUGGCCUGAGAGGAAUGACAAAUGUACCAGUGGAGAGUUUAAAGUCUGGAGGCCUUGGGUGGGUUACAGACUUGACAGUUCCAGAUCCACUGUUUAUCCUACCUAUUCUCACUGCCUCAACAUUAUUUUUGACAGUAGAGCUUGGUACUGAUACAGGUAUGAAGUUAGAUGACACAAAUAAGAAGAUAAAACAGGUUGUACGGGUCCUUCCUCUUGUUACUCUCGUCAUCAUUGCCAAGUUUCCAGCUGCACUGUGCUUUUACUGGUUCAUAUCAAAUAUGUAUUCACUCUUCAUGGUCCUUUUCUUCAAAUUAAAUGCUGUCCAGAGGUUUUUCAAAAUACCUGAGAGGAUAAUGCAUGAACCCAAAUUUCAACAGCCUGGAGACGAACCUGCCAGCAAAAGAGGAAUUCUGGAAACAUUUAGAGAAGGUGUAAAGAUAUCAGAAAAAGUUCUUGAAUAUGAAUCAAGAAAGAAAGUGGGUGCAAUCACAUUUCAGGACAGUCAGACUAACAGGAAAGGAAUGCCAGCUUCAACAAGUAGUAGAAAAGGCAUAUCUACCUCCACAAAAAGUGAAACCCGUACAAAAAUACAAAAUGAAGAAAAAGAAGAGAGAAAAACUGACUCUUAGUUGAAAGAGAUAGAAAAUGGAAAAUUGUGAUAUAGUGACAGUGAGUUGUGUGUGCGUAAGGUGAAUGCUUUGAUCUGCCUGGUAUAAAUGUACACUUUGCGAGGUUUUGUCGGGAUCUUAGUUAAUCUGUCUGAAGAGAAAAUAAUCUUUUGCUUGGUGGAUAGUCUGAUUCCUGUCCCACAAAAACUUUCUUUGUUAAAGCAGUUUUUUCAAGUGCCCGGUAAUCUAGAUUCAGGAUUUGAGGCUAAUAGCUUGCUGAAAUAAGGACCUUCAAAUUUAAUGUGAUUUACCAUAAUCCACUUCAAGGUAUGGCCCUAAUGGCCUUUUAUGUGUUGACGGGCCAUUAAGAAUGUAAUAAUAAUAACUUCAAAGUAACGUGGGUUAGAUAUGGUAAUGACAAAGAGGUCAAAGGUUAUGACAUGUGGCCUGUAGUGUGUUGGGAUCACAGGCUAUUAAAUAUGACAUAUGACCUGUAGUGUACUGGGAUCACAGGCUAUUAGUUUAUGACAUAUGAGCUGUAGUGUGCUUGGAUCCUAAGUUAUUAGUUUAUGACAUAUGGCCUGUAGUGUGCUGGGAUCACAGGCUAUUAGUUUAUGACAUAUGGGCUGUAGUGUGCUGGGAUCACAAGCUAUUAGUUUAUGACAUAUGGCCUGUAGUGUGCUGGGAUCACAGACUAUUAAGUUAUGACAUAUGGCCUGUAGUGUGCUGGGAUCACAGGCUAUUAAGUUAUGACAUAUGGCCUGUAGUGUGCUGGGAUCACAGGCUAUUAAGGUUAUGAUCGUUCUUGAGUGAAAAAUCUGAUUUUCUGGCAGUAAAAUUGACUGAUUUAUCUCCCCUUGAUGUUAAGCUGAGCCUGUUACUAAUUUCACCAUAUUAUAUCUUAGUGUACAAGUAAAUAAUUGUAUCAGUAAUGAAGUCAAAUGAAAGGAUGUUAACUAUGCAUACAUUUGUGUCUUUCAACUUCACAAUGUAAAACUCCUUAUCAGAAUCUCUGUACAGUUACAUUUUAAAACCUGAAUUUGUUGAAAAUACAUCGAACACAAUUAAGCAAGUUUUCUGCAGAUAAGAAAGUGUAAGAUUAAUUACACUGUAUUUACAUAAAUUAGUGAUUGUAGCUGUUGUGCAGUAUUUGUGCAAAUUUAUUGUUUGUUCUAAUAGAAUACAAUUCAAAUCCAUGAAAGUAUCACACAGAUAUAUACAUGUAUGUAAGGAACAGAAUGAUAGACAAGCAUGAUAGUGUUUAAUAUGUAUUGAUAUUUAUGUACUUUGAUUAUCUAUGAUGAUCUUUUAGGAUAAAAACAUUUAAUGAUUUA